AUGGUGCUCCGCAAGCACGAGCUCGAGGGCAAGCUCGGCGAGGAGAGCGCCCUCAUCAAGAGCGGCGUGCUGCGCGACGAGAACCCCCUCGACCAGAGCCCCGAAUUCCAGGAUUUCCUCCUCGCCUGCCGUCACGGCGACCUGCGCAAGUGCCAGGAGCUCAUCGGCCUGGGCGUCAACAUCAACGGCAAGGACAAGUUUGACUACACGCCGCUCAUCAUCGCCAGCUUGUGCGGACACUAUGAACUUGUUCAAUUGCUGCUAGAAUCUGGAGCCUUGGCCGAGAGGAACACCUUCCAGGGCGAGCGCUGCAUAUACAACGCCCUUAAUGACAGAAUACGAAACCUCUUGCUUCAGUAUGACUUCUCCAAGACGUCUGACCCUUACGUCUAUUGGUCGACGCACAUCUCCAGCCUCUUGACGCGAACUCUGCCUCAAACCUCUGACAUCACUCUGGUGGCCGGCGACCGGGAAUUCAACCUGCACAAGUUCCUCCUCGCCUCGCGCACGCCCUACUUCCGGAGCAGGCUCGAGGCCCAGCCCGAGACGGCGACAUGGAACCUGGCGCCCACCAUCCCCGUCGAGGCCCUUCAAAUUGCCCUGCGGUACGUCUACCUGGGCGACCUGCCGCGGGACAUUGUCCCCGCCGGGAGCCCCAUCUCCGAGGAAGACGUCGCCAAGGGCCUCGACAAGGUCAGCAAGCAGCUGGAGGUGGAACAGCUGUGGGAGGCCAUCAUGGCCGGCGGCGACCGCAGGCUCGCGCGCCAGCGGUUUCAGGACGAGGAGGAGCGAGCGCUGGGCCAGAUCCGCGAUUUCUUCCGCAGGCAUGUGCUCGGCGGGAAGAUGGUGGUCGACACGGAGCGCGCAGGCGACAUCAAGUGGAGCUACGACAACUCGGCCUUUGCCGACGUGCUGCUGAGAGCAGACGAGCUCGACGAGGAUGACGACGAGGGUGCGGCCGCGCAGGCGACGCCGACGCUUAACGGCCAGGGCAUCCCGAUCGGGACCGCGUCAGGCGGCAAGAAGCCCCGGAAAUCGGCCUUGUACCCCGUGCACAAGGCCAUGCUCAUCCGCAGCGAGUACUUUGACAAGAUGUUCUCGGGCGACUUUGUCGAGUCGCGGCGGUCGGAGCACCUCCGCGUGAUCAAGAUUGACUGCUCGCCCGCCGUGCUGGAGCUGGUCCUGACGUUCCUCUACACCGAGAACACAAACUGCCCGCUCGAGCACGCGCUCGACCUCCUCUACGCCGCCGACAUGCUUUUCCUCGACAGCCUCAAGAGCAAGGCCGCCGUGGCCAUUAGCACGCUCGGUAGCGGCACGCGCAACGCCCUCGUGGACCGCACCCACGCGCACGCGUCCGCCAACGGCGACGCCAACCUCAACGUCAACGGCGACACAGGGAAGCUCCAGAACGGCGGUGCUGGCACACCAGGCGUCAACGGGGCUGACAUGGCCGCAACGACGACGACAACCCCGCCUCCCGCUCCGGAGAUGGAGCCCAUCAACAUCUACGACGUCAUCCACGCGGCGUGGGACCUGCGCGUGCAGCGCCUCGAGGAGUUCGCCGCGCGGUACCUCGCCACGCGCCUCGAGGACUACAUCGACGACCCGGACUUCCAGGAGCUCAUCCGCGAGAGCGCCUCGCGCAUCCACCGCCGCGAGGAGACGGACACCAUCGAGCUGCUCGACGACAUCCGCUACUACCUCUCGGAGCGCUUCCGCCUGCGCUUCGAGGACACGGGGCUCGACGAGGUCAUGCCGGAUGACGACGGCGAGAUCGACCCCGCCAUGGCGGCUGCGCUGGCGGACCGCAGCGCCGAGAUGGCCGACGCCGCCGCUGCUGCCGCCGCCGCCGCAACCACCACCGACACAACCCAGGACGGGCUCGACGCCAAGCCCAAGCCCGCGCAACAAUCCAACGGCACAGCCGUGACCGAGCCCGCCCAAGCCCAAAUAGCGGAGCAAGAAGGUUACCACGUAGCAGCAGACGACAACGCGAUGCGCACGCUCGACGGCGCCACGGCCGAGGACGAGUUCGCGUCGGAUGCCAUCAACUACCAGAUCCUGCUGGGCAAGAUUGACGCGAUGCUGGACCGUCUCAAGCUCGAUGCGUAA